UCCGGCCUUGAUCACUCCCCCUCAGUGUUGUGCAAUUGCGGAAAAGAGAAGAGCAAGAGCUGGCAAGCUGCAUUCAGUGAAGAUUAGCCCGUCUAUGAAAUUAGCAAAUAAACAGAAACAAAAGUAACAGUUUAGCUUUGAGUCAGAGCACAGACUGUUCAGAGAAACUCGCACACACUGCCACGAGGAGCAAUGGCGCAGAAAGGAGUUCAGCUGGACCGGGAGACAUUCUCUUGUUCUUUCUGUCUGGAUCUAUUGAAGCUUCCGGUGACUACUCCCUGUGGACACAGCUACUGCAUGAACUGUAUUAAAGGUUUCUGGGAUCAAGAGGAUGAGAAGAAGAUCUACAGCUGCCCUCAGUGCAAACAGACCUUCACUCCAAGACCUGUCCUGUUGAAAAACACCAUGUUAGCAGUUGUGGUGGAGGAGCUAAAGAAGACUGGACUCCCUGAUGAAGACUGCUUUGCUGGACCUGAAGAUGUGGCCUGUGAUUUCUGCACAGGGAGAAAACUGAAAGCCCUCAAGUCCUGUAAGGACUGUCUGGUCUCUUACUGUGAGAAACACCUUCAGCCUCAUUUGGACGCAGCUCAAUUAAAGAAACACAAGCUGGUGGACCCUGCCAAGAAGAUCCAGGUGGGAACCAACGUCUGCUCCCGUCACAAUGAGGGGAUGCAGAUGUUCUGCCGUACGGAUCAGAAGUUUAUCUGUUAUCUCUGCCCCCUGGAUGAACAUAAAGGCCACGACACGGUCUCGGCUGCAGCAGAGAGGGCUAAGAAACAGGGAGAGCUCGACGGGCGUCGACAAAACAUCCAGCAGAGAAUCCAGGACAGGGAGAAAGAGUUGAAGCUGCUUCCACAGGAGGCCGAGGCCAUCGAUCGCUCUGCUGAUGAAGCGGUGGAGGACAGCAAGAAGAUUUUUAACGAGCUGAGCCGUCUCCUGGAGAAAAAAAGCUCCGACGUGGAGCAGACGAUCAGAUCCCAGCAGAAAACUGAAGCGAGUCGAGUCCGAGAGCUUCAGGAGAAGCUGGAGCAGGAGAUCGCCGAGCUGAAGAGGAACGACGCCGAGCUGGUGAAGCUCUCACACACAGAGGACCACAACCAGUUUCUGCAAGAGUUCCCCACGCUGUCACCAAUCAGCGCACCUACAAACACAACCAGCACCAAAAUGCAUGCGCUGUGGUUCUUUAAGGAUGUGACAGCAGCUGUGUCAGAGGUCGGAGCUAAACUACAGGAAGUUCUGGCUGAGACGUGGACAAAUGUUAACACCAGAGCUGUGUUCUUAAAAUAUUCAAGUGCGAUCACACUGGAUUUAAAAACAGUAAACAACAUGCUGGUAGUUUCUGAGGGGAACAGAAAAGUAAGAUUUACGACAGGACAGCUUUAUGGUGGUCAUUCAGCCAGAUUCGCUACACCUCAGGUUCUGAGUACAGAGAGUCUGACUGGACGCUGUUACUGGGAGGUGGAGUUGAGAGGGAAAGAAGUUUGUGUAGCCGUGGCGUACAGCAGCAUCAGCAGAAAGGGCAGCAGUACAGAAUGUACAUUUGGAGCUGAAAACGAUUCUUGGGCUUUAUCAUUGUACGGCGGUUAUUCCGACGACUGGGCUUACUUUCGAUACAACAAUGUCCAAACUCCCGUCUCAGGUCCUCGGUCCUCCAGGAUAGGAGUGUACCUGGAUCACAGCGCAGGUACUCUGUUAUUCUACAGCGUCUCUGACACCAUGACGCUCCUCCACAGAGUCCAGACCACGUUCACUCAGCCUCUCCAUGUUGGAUUUCGGCUUUCACAUUACGAAGACACCGCUGAGUUCAUUGAGCUUGAGUAGAAAGAAGUCAUGUAAGGGUCUUUUGGUUUAACUCACACUUAUUGGGUCUCAAUUUGUUGUUGCUGAGAGAUGAUUUUCAGCCGUCAAUCAAACAUUAUGACGUGUACUUUGACAUCUUCUCAUCAGUUAUUGUGUAAAUAUUUGAGUUUUUUGGGUUGCGCUCCUUCCUGCGUCUGUUUAGCCAUGGAGGCUAUCACUGUCCAUGAAGAGCCAGGGUUAUAAUGGUUUUCAAUCUUUAAUUAGAUUUUAUUUUAGUUUUGCCUUUUUCAACUGUAUUUUAGUUUAGUUUACUAUAGUUUUGUCUGAAAGCCCAUUUUCCGAUGGGAAAAUACUGAUCAUUUAAAGAAAGUAUCAUGACUUCUAGUUUCUUUUUUACAUUCAAAUUGACAGAAAUGGGCUUCCCUAGUUAUCAGAGUGUCUUUAUAAAUAUGCCUCUACAGUACAUAGCAUAUAAUUAGAUUUAAAGUUUAAGUUUGUUUUUGUUAGGGCAAGUUAUAAAGUAUUAGAUAAAAGUAUACAUACAAAACAAAAUGCUUGAGUUAGUAGAGAGAGAUAGAGAUAGAGACUGUAUACAGAUGGUCAUGAUGUUUAAUCUUCAUCGGUGGUGAAAUAUUUCAGUUAAAAAACUAAAAUAAAUAUAUGUUCUUUUUUUACCAGGCAAUAUUGAUGAAGUUUAAUUUUAGCUUUUAUUGAGGUUUGUUUACUAACAAUAUUUUUGCAAACUGCUAAUUUUUGCUUUAAUUUACUAUAAUAACCUCGAUUUACAUGUAAACCUCUCCUCUCUGUGCUCUAAAUGUUUGAUGAAUAUUUGAUGAAUAUUGAUGCAUUUGCUUUUUUUUUACUGAU